AUGCCCACGACGACCAUGUGGACAACUGUCUGUAGCGACAUGGCUCGUGAGGACUCCCAGCUGCUCAUGGAAGACAUGAAGGUAUUCAUCGUUGUCAAGAGCCAGCUGGUUCCAUGCGUCGUGUGUGCGCUGACCAAGCCACACAAGAUGCGUUACCAACUGCUGAAGUGCUCCUCGGAAACAUGCAAGGAAGCAGCACCGUAUGACGAGUGUCUGUGGAAGUGGAAGGUGCUUACGUGCCAAGGUUUGAACCGCGUGACGAUCACGGAGACCGGUACUCACGAGACGCUGGUGAGGGAGCCCCAAAAACCCAAGAUGACCCCUCGACUCAAGGACUACGGCCGUGAAAUGGCAACUCAAGGGUUGAAGCCGGCUCAGAUUCGCAAUGGAAUGGCACGGCGGUUUGGGCCGACGGAGAAGGAGAUACCGACGCGGCGUCAAGUGCAAUGGUUCGUCAGCAGCUAUUCAAAGAAGAAUCUCCACCGCAAUGACGACUAUGACGAAAUCCUGAGCCAAAUCGAGCAAUUGGCGUAUGGUCCGACGGUCUCAGACACGAAACCAUUUUCGUUCGGAUGGAAGCGUGACGCACACGGCAGACCAGAUGUGGGAAACGGCUCUGACGAAAAGCCAUUUUUGAACGCAGUGGUACGCGUCUUCGGUGCGGAUUGCGAAUUCGUGUACUUGAUGUGCUUCUAUCACGUGGUGGCCAAGGUUCACGAAAAACUCAAGAGUGUUCCGGACCGCUUAAGCGAGCAGGUGAUGGCGGACAUUUACGACCUUCAUUUCGCGACGACCUCAGCUGUCUAUGACGAACAAGUGAAACAAGUGCUGACGAAAUGGUCAGGUGACGAACACUUGGUUGGCUUCAAAGACUAUUUCGAGCGCACAUGGGUAACAAGCGCAUUUUGGCGAUGGCAGUGUUUUCAUACGCCGAGUGGAUUUGCCACAGGGAACAACCCGGUCGAACAGCUCAACAGGUUGAUAAAGCGUGACUACACUCUCCGAACGAAGCACAAGAUCGGAACAUUGGUCCAGUUGCUCGCGGAUUGCUGUCAGCAUCAAUCUGUCGCCCCCAAGGUAUUCAAGGUAUUGCCUGAGCGAACGCAACAGCUCAAAGCUCGAGUAAAAGAUUUCCGGCCCCGAGAUCUCCUUCUCGACAUGACUCCUGGACGGUCGAGCAUUGAGUUCUUACUGGCGUCCCCGAACCCGAAUGAGCGAGGAAGCGCCGCCGCACUCGGCAAGCAACUCUCCAUAUUAGCGGCGCGAGUUCCCAAGUUCCUGCUGGUCGUCCUCGGACAAACGGCCACGCACUUAGCAUGGACUAACGCUUAG